UUUAAAAAAAAUAAAAAAUGCAAUUCUGGCAACUUUGAUUUUGUUUUUUGCCAGUUGUGUUAAGGACCCAAGUACAAUCAACUUGGAUUUACAGGUCAAGGGUGGGGGGCUGCAACCCAGAAUGAAGCUAUAAAAAUCAUUGAUCUGUUAGGGAAGUGAGAGACUGUACUGUAAGUUUUGAAUGCUUAAUUAUCUUCUAAAGGUGAAUUUUAUCAAUCUGAGAUACACUUAAGCCUAACAAAUUUGACUAAAAUAAAAAAUCAAUUUAGAUUUCAUGACGCCUUUAAAUGUAUCUCACAAAACGAGUUAUGUUUAGAAAAAAAUCCCAAUUGCUUUUCAGUGUACGCAAUUGCUCCUCAUCUGUUUCCACGUUUGUUUUAUAUUAUGUUCACUUGUUCACCCUAGAGCUCUUAUUGCAUUUAAAUUUUGCCUGGCAGUUAAAAUCCAUUAAAUUAAAAUAGUUAAAGUGGUGAAAAUAAAUGCGCGCUGCCUCACUAAAUAAAUAACGAGUGCGCUAUGUGUGUGCGUUGUUGGGGAUGUCAUGAUUCAUUUUCAUUAAAAAACAAAGAUAAAUCAUCAUAAGCAUCUUCAUUCAUCUCUGUCUCCCUCUCGUUGAAGUCACUCAGCUUGUGGGUUUGGCUUCAGUCCAUCUACAUUGUGUAUGAGUGCAAUUCCGUCGUGCGCGUCAGAGACGCAUGAGCUGCACUUCAUCUGAACCUCGGCACUUUUCCUCCAGGGCAAAACCAUCAGUUUUAACAAAUGUGUAGUUGUUUUUCUAGUUCAAUCUAUAGGUAUAAGUCUAUUGUAACAGCACCGCUCGUUAUGUAUCCUGGUGUGAAGAGCGCAUCGUUGGACACGGCGAGGUGAACGCACUGACUGGACAUUGAUGUCAAACCUAAGGGCAAAUCUUGGUCUUUCUCCACAGCAUAACAUGGCCAUGUGACAAAUGGAUUCCUUAAGUUUAAUCAAUGGCUCCGCUGGGAGCAAAGACCCGGCCAUCGGUGAGGAUUCAUCUGAUGUGACCCUGAACCAUCCUCUGCUAGAGCUUGGAGACAGCACCAAGCUUCUCGGUGUCCAGGUGGUUCUGAUAUUGGCGUACUGUACCAUCAUUCUUUUGGGCGUGGUUGGGAACUCUCUGGUGAUUUACGUGAUCUACAAAUUUAAGACACUUCGCACCGUCACCAACUUCUUCAUUGCAAACCUGGCCGUGGCUGAUCUGCUCGUCAACACUUUGUGCCUGCCAUUUACUCUGGCUUAUACUCUACUGGGAGAAUGGAAGUUUGGACAAGUGCUUUGUUUCACUCUUCCAUAUGCUCAAGGUCUCGCUGUCCACGUUUCCACGAUUACACUAAACGUAAUUGCGCUGGAUCGACACAAAUGCAUUAUUCAUCACCUAGAUACUCGAAUGUCGAAGGACACGUGCUUUCUGGUCAUUGCCUUCACCUGGGUGAUAAGUGCUGUUCUGGCAAGCCCCCUGGCUAUCUUUAGGGAGUAUGGGAUUGUGGAGCUCUCUCCAGAUGAGUCCAUCGAAGUUUGCACAGAGAAGUGGCCUGGAAGUAGCACAGAUGGCACACUAUACUCAAUCUCUAUGCUGUUGCUGCAGUACGUAUUGCCUCUAGCCGUCAUCUGUUUCGCGUACAUCCGUAUCUGGAGUAAACUCCGCAACCACGUCGGCCCAGCUGGCCGCAACGACAGGCACCAGCACCGUCGCAAGACCACUAAGAUGCUGGUGAUGAUGGUUGUGGUGUUUGCAUUCAGCUGGCUGCCUUUCCACGCCUUCCAGCUCGCCACCGACAUCGACAGUAACGUCCUGAUCAUGAAGGACUUCCGCCUACUCUACACCGUUUUCCACAUCGUGGCGAUGUGCUCGACGUUCGCCAACCCGCUUCUUUACGGCUGGAUGAACCGAAACUACCGCAGCGCCUUCGUCGCCGUCUUCCGUUGCCAGAAGCGGCUGGAUUCCCUGCACGCCGAGGCCCAGGGUGCCACGGUGGUCCGCAAAAAAAGCGAAAAGGCCUUGGAAGCCCAAGAUAUGGUGACGCCGCGUCUCAAUGCAACGGACGUCUGAGGGAAAUUCCCAAUGAUAUCCACAUGCAAGAUCCAUCUUCUUAUCGUCAGUCUCAUCACAGUGUGUAAGCAAGAUCCGUGCGGUGGUUGGAUGGGAUAUGUUUAUACAUUAGAUAUAUAAAUAUCAUCAACCUUAGAAGAGAUCUGUAAGCAUUAACUCAUGUGGACGUACGGUUUACGGUUAGGUCAUGCACUCGAAUGGCUCUGAUAAAGUGUUAACAGCAACCUGCCUCUCCUUUCAGGUGAAAGUAAUUUGGAAGGGGAAUAGCAAGGCUUACCUUUGGACUAACAACAGCGGAGGAGAUAUGAAUUCAGUUUGAACACGAAGAGCUACGCUUUGUGAAACCACGAGGGACUUUCAUAUAAAACCAAUAUGAAUGUGUUUCAUAUUUAAUGUAAAGUAUAGCACAAAAAUCACUGCACUCGACACAUACAGAGGGAAAGGACAAGGGCUGCCUUACUUGUUUCCUCACGUAACCCUAUUAACAAGAGUGCAUGAGCAAAUAUGACAACAUAGAUGUAAGUACUGUGAUGGAAAAUGUGACAACUGUACUGUACGAUGUUUAUUUUGUGAAGCUAUAAUCUUUGCAAACCUUGCCAACUGAAUGUAGUAUGUGAUCAGUCAAUACUCUUGUAGAUAAAAAAAACAUUAUCAGCCAUAAAUAUUGCAUAUAUAGCUCGAAUGAUCUGCAGAAUUAAAGUGUACAGAGCGCUUGGAUGAUGUUAUAUCAAUCUGAAAAAACAUCCUCUUAUUUUCAUACGUGACCUGAAGGAAAAUUGCUUAAAGUUGCUUUAAGGCAAAAAGAGAUGACUCAUAGAAGUUAUGGGUUUUCUGAUGUAUUUCUGUUUGAAGUUGAAGACGUACUGUAUGUCUGUUCAUUUCAGCACUAAAUGACUUCCUUUAACCCACUGGAUGCAGGAAAUGAGAAUGCCAAGUUUAAUUAGCAAUGAGGGAUUCUAUGUGGAUCCCAGUUGAGUUUGGUAUGUAAAUUGAGAAUUAUACAUAAGAUGUAAAGCUGUUGUAGAAGAUUAUUAAGCUAUAAUUGUGUCAUUUGUAAGCUACACUGUUGACAAUAUCCAUGCUUUACUGGAGAAAAUGAAUUUUAAUCUUCCUAAAUUGUUACCCUGCCUGUGAAAACCCAGCUGAAGUCAUUUUUGUGAUUAUGGUUUUCUACAUAAAAACAUCUUACAUGAUGUAAAGAACAUUCUGUGAAAAUAUAACUUUGAUAUAUAUAUAAUAUUUACUGAGCGGGUGAUUCUCACGAAAACUUGGUUUUAAAAAUGUCAAGCAUGAAAAUGUAAAAAUUGCUUAAAUUUACCUUUUUUCCCACCAGACAUUGAAAAACAAAGUCUGAAGUAAAUGGGAACAUUAAUUUAAAAACUUUUACUUAUCAUUUAACACUUUUUGUAACAUAAUUUUAAAAAUUAGUCCUAAAAAUUCUCAUUACCGCAACAGUCAGAAAACAUCAACACUGACAUAUUUUCAAAAUGACAUGACAAACCUGAAAGAACAUAAUUUGGAGAUUCUGCACAUGCAUUUAAAAUCAAAGUAUUAUGCUUCUAUUAAUUAAAUUAACAUUUAAUAAGCAUCUGUUGCGGUAAUGAUAAUCAAAAUGUCAUGUAAGCAUUCUGACAAGACAAUAUUUCAAAUUAACUGUAAAAAAAAAAUGAUCUUACCUGGAAGCCAUCUUGAAGUAACUGGUCCAUGUGCUUGGUCACUCAAAAUCAAACUUUAUUAAAAUUCUGUAUGUGUGCUUAAACAUGUUCUCAAAAAGUGUUGCGGAGGAUGAGAACAUCAGGCAUGGACACAUCAUUUUCCUAAUUUUUCUUCAUUAUUAUUAUACAUGAAUAUUUUAGUAAAUAUUUUUUCUGUCAUCUAAAGUAGUCUAGCACAACAUCCAUUUAUUUUUUUUUCUUAAUAUUUUUGUGUUAAUUUGAUUAAAUUACAACAUAACGCAUGUUCAAACACAGCCGGACACAUUAAGGUAAUAAGAAUUUCAGCAGAAAAUGAGAUAAAAUUUACAAUUAUAAAUUCUUAUGUUGAAAUCACACAUUGUGCAAGGUAGAACACAGUAUUGUGUUAAUUCUGAUGCUUUUUAAUGUUACUAUAUUACACAUUUUAAAGCUAAAAUCAUUAGUGCCGUGGUGUUUCAAUGGUUUCGUGAGAAUCACCCGAGUAUUGAUCUUAUCGGUAGCUGUGUUUUCAUUAAAGGUUUGCGCAAAACUUUAGCGUUGUUUUAUAAAAAAACUAUUGCAUUACCAUUAACCAGUGGCGGCCUGUUCCUCCUC